UAAAUAUCUAUUAUAAAUACGGAAUCCUUACACUACUCCUUAAGUCUCUUUUCCGUUGCUGACUCAAAUCUCCCCAACUCCGAGAAAAUCUCCAAAUUCCCAAGUUUGUUUCUUUAUCGCUCAAUUCCUCACAAUUCAUCAUCAAUUUCCAAAAAAAAAAAUAUUAACCGUUUUCUUGGUGAGAUCACACUAAAGACAUCAAAACAGAAGCUGAAAUCUUGAGAUCUUUACAUCAUCAUCAAAUGGCGUCGUCCGGCCUGACACGAUCGGGAAGUGCGCCGCAAUUCCACCUAGACGAGAAGUGGAAGCUGACGAAGAAAGACGGAUUCUACGGCGGCGCGUCGAGGAUCACGCGCUCCUCGUCGACAUCUUCUUUCUCCAUCAGCGGCGGCAAGAAGACGCAGAAACAGGGGAGAUGCGCUUUUACGAGGAAGUGUGCGAGAUUGGUCAAAGAACAGAGAGCUCGCUUCUACAUCAUGCGUCGUUGCGUAAUCAUGCUUAUUUGCUGGAGAGAUAAUUACUCCGAUUCGUAAAAUCAAUCACAAACCUCUCUCUCUCUCUCUCUGUUUCUUUAUCUCUCUUUCCUCUGUUUUUUUCUUUCUCUGUUCUGAAACCGAAGUAGAUAGACAUACGUGUACAUAAAGGGUUCUUUGGUUUCUGCUUCUUUAGAUGAGUUUUAGUUUUGUAAUUUUUAUGUUUGAUCAUAUGGUUUCUGGAAAGAGAGGCUCUGCAUAAAGAUCAGCUUCAAUGUUGCUUCAAUCAGGAAAACCAAAAAAAAAACAGAAAAUUGUAAAAUAAGUUAAUAUAAAAUAGUAUUUAGAUUCGUCUUUCGACUU